GCUGUUUCCCUCCGGUGCGAGAGGAAGGGAUCGCGGACUGCGGCCGGGAGCUCUCGUGUGCGGCUUUUGUUCGUGCGUGGGGAGGCCUGGACGAGAGGCAGCUGGGAUGCGUGUGCGUGUGUGCUGUUGUUGUGUCGUGCUGCGGUGACCCGAUACCGAGGAACGCCUGCCAGACACCAGCAGAGAGUUAUUUUCGACCUACAGCGCGUCUUAGAGGGAGAACUACGACAGCCGCGUGAAUGGUCCUACAAAAAAGUGAACGUUUGUUGUCAAGGAAAGUCGAGCUUACGCUUCGCAGUUUCAGGAUUCGAUCCGGCAAUCGACGAGUCUUUCACCACCGCAGAAGCGAGCGUUAGUGACCAAGGCUACAGAGACGAGAAGUUCCUGCUGAAGAAGGCUGCGGAUUCAGACCGCGAUGGCUCUGCGCUGUUCGUAGGGGCGACGGACAGCUAGCUGAUAGCGCCUCAUUCCUAACAAGGUGAUGUGUGAGUCCUUAAGCUGAAGCCCGGGGGCGGCAGAAGAGAUGGCGACGUGCCAGGCGGGAGGAGGCGGCGGGGGCGGCCACCACGGCCACCGCCGGCAGGAGUCCAUGUACGCCAUGACGGGCCUCUACUCGGAGACCGCGUCCGCAGACGAGGACCUCAACGACUCGAACGCGACCGUCACGACGACGGUGAGCGCCGGCACGUCUGGCGGCUGCUGCCACGACUCCGUGGUCAAGUGCCACAGCAGGAACCCCUCGUCCGGGCUCGUCGACAGGAGUGAAAAGGAACGUGCACAUUCCGCGUAUCCAGAACUUACUGCUGCCAUCCUUCUUCGUGAUUCGAAGGAUUGUGGUAUCCUCAACUGUAGGCCUCCAUUCUUGCAGAGGUUUGCGAGUAUAAAGGUGUUUGUCCUAUUGUUAUCAUUCCUAGUAACACUGCAACAAGCACUUAGCUCAGGGUAUAUUAACUCUGUAAUUACAACAAUUGAGAAGAGGUUCGAAAUACCGUCCAGUCUCUCAGGCCUAAUAGCUUCAUCAUAUGAGAUUGGAAAUGUCAUCACAGUUAUAUUUGUUAGCUAUCUGGGCAGUCGUCGGCACAUUCCUGUGUGGAUAGCAAUUGGUUCUGUUAUCAUGGGCAUUGGUUCCAUGGUUUUUAUGGUCCCACACUUUAUAGCAGAACCAAAUCUGGGCACAAUGCUUGCCAACUCAAGCUCAGACAAUAUUUGUAGGGGAGUGUCUUUGAGAGAACAGGACAUGGGACUUGGAAGAUUAUCUUCAGGCCUAUCGUCACCACCAUUGGCCCCACACAACAACCUCCGUGGUGACAACUGCAUACAGGGGUCACCAUCAACAGCUGGCCCCGUCAUGCUGUUCCUAGUGGCACAACUUUUACUUGGUUGUGGAGGUUCACCACUUUUCACCCUUGGAACAACGUACAUAGAUGACCAUGUUCGACCAGAAAGUGCCUCUCUCUAUAUUGGCUGCAUGUACAGCAUGGCAGCAUUUGGACCAGUCCUAGGAUUUCUCCUUGGAGCUUAUCUUUUAUCAUUCCAUAUGGAUUCCUUUUCUGGAACCAUCGUUAAUAUAGAUCCUGGAGACCGCCGUUGGGUGGGAAUGUGGUGGGGAGGUUUCCUCUUGUGUGGCCUCCUACUGAUUCUUGUUGCCAUUCCAUUUUAUGCCUUCCCAAAAACUCUGCAGAGAGAAAAAGAGAAAAUUCGUAUGUUGGAAAAAGCUCGUCCACCGGAUGCCCCAAGGCCACAUAAGUCUACAGACCCAAAUACAUCUUGUGGGCAAACAAAUGAUUCAGGCUAUGGGAAAGAUAUAAAAGACAUUCCACGCUCAAUGUGGCGACUUGUGUGCAAUCCUGUUUACGUGGUUACUUGUUUGGGUGCCUGUAUGGAACUUAUUAUUGUAUCGGGUUUUGUUGUGUUCCUGCCAAAAUACCUGGAGACACAGUUCAGUCUUGGAAAAAGUCAAGCCAGUGUAUUUACAGGUUCAAUAGCAAUACCUGGAGCCUGUAUUGGCAUCUUCAUGGGUGGCUGCCUCCUUAAACGUUUGGAACUGCGACCUAGGGGUGCUGUGCAGUUUGUUCUGAUCUCUAACACAAUAUGUCUAGCCUGUUAUGGGUUGUUGUUCUUCCUUGGCUGUGACAAUGUGAAGAUGGCAGGAACAACAAUACCAUACUUCAACAGCUCCAAACAUGAGCCAUUCCAAGUCAAUUUAACAGCUGCAUGUAAUUUUGGCUGUGAGUGUCGCAUGAAUGAUGUUGAACCUGUAUGUGGCAAUAAUGGGCUGACAUAUUUCAGUCCUUGCCAUGCUGGAUGUACUGCAUUCUCAUCCAGAUCAAACUACACUAAUUGUGCCUGCAUCCACGGAAACUUCAGCCUGCUGACUGGAUCGGGUCCACAAGCGGCUGAGUUUGCAGAAGUUACAGUUGUUCCUGUAGCAACUGCUGGACCCUGUAAUUCCCCCUGUAGAACAAUUUUUCCAUUUCUUAUACUACUUUUCUUCAUGACCUUCAUAGUUGCUGUUACCCAGAUGCCACUGUUAAUGAUAGUACUAAGAUCUGUGGGUGAGGAGGAACGGUCCUUUGCGUUGGGUAUGCAAUUUGUCAUAUUUCGACUCUUUGGCUACAUACCAGCUCCUAUCUUGUUUGGUAACUUAAUUGAUUCCACAUGCCUUCUUUGGAAAAGUGAAUGUGGAGAGAAAGGUGGACGUUGCCUCUUGUACGAUAUUGAACAGUUUCGCUUUAGGUAUGUGGGUAUAUGUGCCGGAAUUAAAAUACUGGCAUUAGCCCUCUUUAUUGUUGAUUGGUGGUUGGUGCGGAGGAGGCGACAAUUGGAAGAGCAAGCUGUAAUGACAGUUAAUGAUCUCGUUGGUUCAAUCAUUAGCCUUGACAAAUUGUUUGAGGAACGUCCCGCCACAAGCCAAACAGAUGUGAAGACCCUCACAGUGACUACAUCGUACCCAGCAUCUGAACAACCAACGCCUUCAUCGGACUCAUCAGUUGAACCUGUUGAGCAGCGACUGGUGCCGGUGAUUCCACCGCCCUCUGAACUGCAAAAGCUUGAGGGUCCGCCUGAAUCGGUCCAGUCACCUUCCUCUGAUCCAGUCUGUGAUGAUGUGUCGUGUGUACCAUCUGUGACUAAAAGUGAGAAAUGGGAUCACAGUAAAGAUAGUCCUGCCGGUGUAGGAGUUUAAUGAAAAUUGCUGCCUUAGAAACAUGGUUAACUCAUCCGUGAUGAGUGUGAUAUUUAUUUAUAUAGAUGGACUUUCCACAUGCAGCUGACUUAUUUCAGAUUACUGCUGCAGCAGCAUAAAAGACUUAUUUUAUUACACAGAGGCAUGUGUAGAAGGUAGAUGCAUCAAGCUUUAUUUUCUGUAGUUAAGCCUGUCGUAUUGGCUGUAUGUUCCUUGCACAUACUGGAGUUUCCUGUGAUGCUGGUGUGUCAGAAAUGACGAAUGGUGUGUGAAAGAGAUUUUAAUUUUGUAACUUAUUUAAUUCCUGCCUUAUGAACAUAAAAACUGUUACAGUGAAAUGUGAAUGCAUAAAUGAGCAUUGUGGGGAUCCAAGACUCGCAGCAUAUGAAAUAACUGCUGAUUCCAAGACACUGGUAUUGUUAUCUUGCACAUCCAAGUUGCUUCCAGUUUAAGCUCUGUGCUGAAAAUAGCAUGGCUAAAGUAGUUACAAUGAUGACAGCUUAAAGCUGUGAUACGUUGAUAUGUAUUAAACAAAUUAUUUAUUAUUAAUAAUCAUUUUUCAGUUAAAUGACAAUGUAAAAUUGAUGAAAAGGUACAUUGAUUUGUUGUAAGUGAUAUAAUUAAGGGUGUGUUUCAUCAAUAAAUGUCUGUGAUUGAAUGAAAUUUCUAUAAUUUGUUGAUCUCAAAACAUGUAAGUCAAUUCCAAAUCUUGAGAAAAUUAUGCUGUGAAGUGCUGUGAGAUCACUGAAAAGUAAGACAGAAAUGUGAAUAAUGUGAAUGUCAAUAGUUUUCUAAAAAAUAAAAUAGAAAAUCUUGUUACUAUUUAUAAUUUUAUAAAAAUGAUAUAAAGGCAUAUAUUUAUAUGCCAUAUUGUAUGUAUGUAAUUGUAAAAUACGUUAUUAUAUAAUUCAUAAUUGUGACACGUGAAACAAUGUGAGUCAACAGUUUUCAUAUUUUCUUUCUAUGUUUCUUACUCUUUUAAUUGCAGAUUUUUUUUUUAGCAAUUUAUAUGAGGCUGUAUUUUAGACUCAAUAUUUUUAAUAUCCAAAAUUAUUUUAAAUACUUUUUAAUUCCUAAAUAAUUUUGAUGCAAGCUCAAAAAUAUAUUUUGCAUAGCAUUAACAAUGGCAUUGUAUACAUUUUUACAAACCUCUUAACAAUCAAUGGACAUCAGAAUUUCCUAAUGUUGUCUUUAGUUUUUUUAACACACAAAUUGGCACAAUGAUACAAUUAAUUAAUCAAGUGCAACUGCUUAUUAGUUGCUAUGGGAGAAUGUUAAAUUGUAUUUCUGCAUCCAAUUCCGCUGUCCGUCACUAGAGAGGCAAGUGUCCAAAGCUGAUUCAUUACAAUAGUUUUAAUUUGCUUUUCUGAAACUUUUGCAUGCAUCUUGCUUCUCCUUCCCUGACUGUAGCACACUUUCAUAAUAAAAUGCAUAGUCAUAAUUAAAUUCAGUUUCUCAUACUGCUGAGAUAGGCUUUCUUUUCCUGUGGUUGAAAGGAGAGAUAAAAUUUGUGACAACUACUGAAGCAGUUAAUUUCUCUUUCCAUGUGACUUUUUAUAUGUAAUUCUUCAGUGAUUUAGUAUAAGCUUUUCCUCAUGCAAUUAAUUUUGAUGAUAUUAAAAGUUAUCAGUACAUUGUAAAUCAAUGAUGUGUGGUAUUUUUAUUAUUUGUGUUGAAAUAAUAUAACAGACAUUUUUGUCACUUAAUAUCAGAAUUGACUUCAGUAUUAGAUACUGCAGAGGGUCCAACUUGCAUGUGAAGAAGUAAGAAUUGCGUAUGAAAUUGUUAUUGUUAUUACUGUUUGUAAUAAAGCUGUUUGUUUGAAGGAAAAUUCAUAACUUUGGAAGGAAGAAAGGUGAAAUGUUCGGAAUCCUUUUUGACUGUUUUGUAAUAACUGUUAAUUAAAAUAUGUCGCAAACAAGCACAAAAUUUACUUUCCUUUUGAUUGCAGUCCAUGUUCAGUCCUGUGCUUUGAUAAAAUUAUUAUCUAGAUAAUGCUUUUUGUUGUUAUUUUAUGCAAUGGUACAGAACAAACUGUAAUCAUUUCUUAUAGUAAUCAGUCAAAGACUAAAAUAGGUUAGUUUUAUCUCUUUUAACACACUGUGUUCUCCACAGAUGAGACUCCAAUGUGUACUGCUAUAGUCAGCACUUCAUUUAUGUUCCUUUUUUUAAUCUGUUCCUUAUUGUGGUCUAAAUUCAUUGUACUCCAUCUGUUUUGUCAAAUGCAGCAGAUAUUUGUUACAACCCAGUUGACAAGUUUCUCUUAACUCUGGCUGUCGAUAGCCCAGUUCAUUGCGUCAAGUAUUUCUUAAGCUUUAAGUUUGAUAUGUGCAUGUGAAUCACCCGGGUGAGGUGUAGGAAGGGUAUUUUAUUCAAUUUUAGUUCUCUCCAUGUCUUACCUGUUAUUAUCUUGUCAAUGUAUUUGUUAUUGAAGAAGUGAACUUUGCAUGCAAGUCUUGUAGAGAAAUCAGAUUCCUCACCUUCUUCACUGAAUUGUUAAUACACUUUAGUUGAGUGAAUUUUUUCCAUUUAAUUUAAUGGGACAAUGGCUGCAGGAACAAGGCAUUAGAAAGUAUUAAAGUUAUCUCUGACUUAUUAAGUAAAAUCAAAAUACCUUGGUACUGGCUUUCCAUAUCCAGCAAUAAUUCAGUGAAUUGGGUGAUGAACUAUAUGCUGAUUGUAAUGGAAUUAAAGACAUGCAUUUUUAAGUCUUUUAUAGUUGCUCUACAAUAACAAAUUGUUCCAGGGCAAGUGAUAAGACCGUGAAUGAAACCACAGUCACCCAAAGUGAUAUACAUACAACUGAACCUGGGGGAAAGAGAGAGAGAGAGAGAGAUUAAUAUAUUCUGCCAGCAACUGGUGGUCAGAUACUGCAUUUUUAUAACAUGGAUGAACAUACAAAAUUUACAGAAAAUCUUAAUAUUAUGGAAAAAAGUUCAGUAUGUUUAGGGAAGAAAGGACAGAACAUACAAACUAUAGGAAAAAAAGUACUCAUACUCUUAAAUUUAUGAGCCUGUACAGGGAUUAAUGUGGUGUGGUUGUCACGAAGUGGAGUGGAACAGUCUGUUCCUGGGAUACGAAUGCAGUUCUUCAAAAGAAGAUACUGCCUACUAGGAAAAAAAGUACUGGUAAGUACGGAAAUACAAUGUGUAUUUGAGAUAGCAGUCAAUAGAAACAGGGGCAACAAGUGGGGGCAUGAGAGCAGAUAGUAGGAAAAGACAGGAAAAUGCAACACAUGGUAGGAACUAAGUAACAAGAAAUCAGAGAAAAGUAAAGGUCAAAAAAAGGAAAAGAAAAGGUGCAUAUGAACAAUAAUCAGGGAAUGUGGAUGACUUAAGUAUAUUAAUAUGAAAAAGGAAUAGACAAAAGUAGGGAGAGACAAAAUUAGAUUUGUUUCAUUUCAUUGUCUCACAGUUGCAUUAUCUGUUCCACAAAUUAUAUUGUUUUCUGAUUAUUAACUAUCUAGCAUGACUAUUACAUCUCAUAAUUUGUGCGUGUCUGUGGCAACUGUCUCAUUAUUUGUGUACCAGAGUCAGGCUCACUAAUGUUCUGUUAACAUAUAAAGGUAACUUCUCUCUUCCGAUAAGGUAGCAUCAUGAUACAUAUUUGCACUUAUUGCACACCAUUUUUAGACUCUUAACAAUCAUUUUUAGAGGUGCACAACAUAUUUUUGGUGAAGUAAUGUGCCCAUUGAAGGUUAAUUGAUUUGAUACAUUCCUCUCCCUUGCAGAACUAUCACAUGUCUUUCUUGGAAGCAAGGCUAUAUAAUAUUAUUUUUUUCAUACCACCCAUCCCCCACUUCGUUCAUGUCCCCUUUCUUUUCUUGACAUGUAACAGUAUUUCUAUGUUUCAACACUUAAUAUUGCAAUACCACUGCAUUGCAAUGCUGUCCAAACAUAUUUUCUUGGUAAAUUUAAAACUUGGAUUACAAUACUUCUGGGGUCUGAUGGGAAAUGGCACUAUGUGAACACAGAAAUCAGAUACUGUCUGUUGGUGUGAGAAUAUGUAUUUUGAAAACUUAUUUCUUUGGUGAAUGUGCAAACAAUUGUGGUUUUGGUGACAUACUGUGGGGAACUUUGUAGCAUUAGGAAUUCUGCACACCACAGUGUAUAUUUUGAGGUAAGAAGUAAUGUUGGCCUGUCAAGGAGGCUGUCGGUGUUUUUCAUGACACAGACAGCAGAUACAGUUUCAAACACUUUCACCUGUGCAAAAUAAUUAAAGUGAAGUACACAGUAAUGCCACAAGACACAGCAUGAAUUCCGAAAUGAGAAAUAAUAGAUCAAAUAAAAAGAAGAAAAGAGAAAGCUGGCAACAUACAGAAUUCACCUAAGUGUAGAGAACCUGAAUCUCAUUGUCCAAUCUAAAUGGGAUUUUUUAUAGUAUAAAUCUAGUUCCAUUUUAAUGCUUCUCUCACAACUCAUGAGAAUUUAAUUAUUACAAAAUAAAGCAGCUAUGAUACUGUUCACUAACUGCUGUUGCACUCUCAAUGUGACACCGCC